GGGUCAGAAAACAAAAAGUUUGGGAAACACUGCUUUAAACUGCACUAUGAUAAUGUUUUGAUAUUCUCCUUUAAAAAUCUAAAUAUAUUAUUUAUAUGAUAACUAGUUUUUCCAUCUCCACCUUUGGCUCGGUCAGGAUCGUGUUGAUGUUGGCAGGGGGACAGUGCAGAGAGGUAGGUGUCCGCCCCUCUCUGACACGUAAAGAGUUAACGGAGCGGUGGGUUUGCCCAUUCUCUCCUGCUGUGAGUGACGCGUUCAUCUCUCUUAUCCCUCAACUUUGCCUGUUGCCAGACCAGGCAGCCGAGCUGGACGCUGGCUCCCACCGCGAUCCGCACCGAAAACUAAAAACAAACCUCCCCCUUUUAAAAAAAUAUAUAUCCAUGUUUCUCUUUUUAUUUCUCCUCCUGCUGACUUUUCCCUCCUCCCGGCUGCGAUUUCCUGACGAUGAUUUUUAGUUUUCCUUUCCGUCGGACUCUCCGAUGUUGUGCAGUCUACUACACGAAGGCGUAAUUUUUUUUCUUCUUUUGAGUAGAGGUGGAUCUUCCCGGAUACGACGAGGAGGAGGUAGCUUUAUGAAUUAAAAAAAAAAAGGAACGAUUUGGACGGAAACCUACAUUUAAAAUGCCACGGAGGAAACAAGAAGCGCCCAAGCGCGCAGCAGCUUAUUCUCCCGAGGAGCUGACCGAGCACCCUGUGGAGGAAGCAGAAACAGGAGAGCGACCCUCGGCACCUCAGGACGACCUUCUCGCCAAGGAGGGGUUUGUGGCGCAAAGCGUCGAGACUGCCAAGGAGCAGUCAUGUGACCAGGAAUCAGCUGACGCCACUGAGCUCUCAGGACAAGAGAUGGACAGCGAGUCACACGUGAGCGAGUCCAGUGAUCGUCUCUCAGACUUCGAGAGCCCCUGUAGGAAAGCCGAGGCCACGGCAUCUCAGAGUUCAGACGCCAAGACACCGCCCAUAUGCUCGGACACCUUAGAGCAAAUGAAGGCUAUCUACUCCAGUUUCCUGACCAGCCCUUUGUGGUCGCCGCUGAACUUGAAUUCCACACCACUACAGGUGCAGUCCUCGGCCUCAGCGGAGAAGCAAACACGCAGCAACAGCACUAGCAGCAGCAGUAGCUGCAGCAGCGGCAGUUAUGACUGGCAUCAGUCCGCAGUGGCAAAGACACUGCAGCAGCAUCCUCCUCAGWGUCGUCACCCUGCUCCGUCUGAGCCCAGCCUCUUCAGCACGGUCCAACUCCACAGGCAAAACCCUAAGCUGUUUGGCUCCAUCUUCACUGGCGCCAGUAAAUUCCGUUGUAAGGGAUGUAGUGCUGCUUACGACACCCUGGUGGAACUGACAGUCCACAUGAAUGAUACUGGCCACUACCGUGAUGACAACCAGGACAAGACGGGCAGUGGUUCUAAGCGCUGGUCUAAACCACGUAAGCGGUCCCUGAUGGAAAUGGAGGGGAAAGAGGAYGCCCAGAAAGUUUUGAAGUGCAUGUACUGUGGCCACUCCUUUGAAUCCCUUCAAGAUCUCAGUGUCCACAUGAUUAAAACCAAACACUACCAAAAAGUGCCUCUGAAGGAGCCCAUGGCCCCCGUGGCAGCCAAAAUCAUGUCCUCUAAGAAAAGGGGGCUUGUGGGUUUGGACCUCACAUCUGCACAACGCUCCAGAGAAGGAACCCCCAAAGCAAAAGUAGAACUGAAYGAACCCUCGCAGAAACCUUCCUCCAGUCUCUACAGCACCCCCAAUAACCGAUACAGCCACCAGAAUGGUGCUAGCUACACUUGGCAGUUUGAGUCCAACAAGCUCCAGAUCCUCAAGUGUAUGGAGUGUGGUAGUUCCUAUAAUACACUCCAGGAGUUAAGAACCCACAUGAUGGUGACRGGACACUUCCUGAGGGUGACCAGCGCUGUAGGUAAAAAAAUCAAAACACUUCCUGAGGCCACCUCACCUAAUCCAGGAAGGGUCACYACACCUACUGACCAGAGAGUCCAGUCUGUUCCACUUGCACCCUCCAACUUUUCUCCUUCCCCUCUUCAAACCACAACGCCCCCCGCCACCUCCCCUCCUCUAAAAGAAAUCAAGAAAGAAGAGGUUGAGGAGGAGUGCACCCGGCAAGAGACUGUUGAAAAUAAAAAAGAAGUCACAGCAACAGUUGGUAAGGAGGAGGAUGUUGAGAGGGAAGAAAAAUAUGACAUUUCAAAGUAUAAUUAUCUUACAGAGGAGGACCUGAAAGAGAGUCCUAAAGGGGGGCUAGAUAUCCUCAAAUCACUGGAAAAUACUGUGACAUCAGCUAUCAACAAGGCACAGAGUGGGAAUCCAAGCUGGGGGGGCUACCCCAGUAUUCAUGCAGCCUACCAGUUCCCAAGUGCUCUCAAGCUCCAACAGGGCAGCAUGGAUAAAAAUUCACAGAUGAAAUUCUUGUUCAAUGGAGGGGAUGGAGYGUUGUCCUCCUAUGCUAAAAAUCAACCUCUCAUUUCCCCACCACUAAAUCAGUCCUCCCCMUUUCCCACUAAUAAUUUUCAAGCAAUGGAAGAUUUGGUGAAAAAAGUAACAGAGAAAGUAGCAAAAGUGGAGCAAAAGGUUAAGCAGCUGUCUCCAAAGAGGGAGAACCAACUGUCCCCAUGUAGUAGUGACACUGGAGAAUCGCACAGGCAAAGAGAGGCCGACUCACCUCAGGAGUGGAGGGAAGUUACUCCAGCCAAUAGUGACAAGGGAAGCCAUAGUGAAAGGGCGUCCCCAGCAACAGAACCCAAGAGAGACACAGCAGUCAGCUCUCCUCUUGCCUCUACACUGAGGUGCAGCACUGCCAUUAUCACUGGUCAUACGCCUCCCGAGCAGCCCUUUGUCAACCCACUAAGUGCUCUUCAGUCAGUAAUGAACAUUCAUUUGGGGAAAGCAGCCAAACCCUCUUUGCCAAAUCAAGACCCCCUUAGCCUGCUUUCUAGGCUCAGCCAAAGCAUGACCGAAAAGGCUGCUGUGGCUGCCUCUCCAUUACAAACCAAAAAGCCAGAGAGUGUAGUUGAUAAUAGUUUUUGCCAGUUCAGUGAUGACCAGCCUAUUGACCUCACAAAAAGCAAAAAUGAAAAAGGAGGCUCUUUGGGCUCAGCCCCGCUGACACCCUCAUCCACAGCCUCCUCAAUUUCCCCUAUCUCUCUGGUGACUCCUGCAAAGCUGACAGUGGUCUCUCCCUAUACAUCCAGCAGCCCUCUACAUGAAAAUGCGUUGUCUGAUAUAUCAGAUAUGCUUCGAAACCUGACGCAAUCCCACCCUGUAACAAAGCCUCCUUCGCGACCCCGGGUUGCAGAAAAAACGGAAGUUGUAGGAUCUACAGUCGAGGAGGAGGAUGCAUCCUUGCAUGGGCACAAACGCAAAGGCCGCCACUCCAACUGGAACCCACAGCACCUUCUUCUUUUGCAAGCCCAGUUUGCCUCUAGCCUCAGGCAGACAUCAGAGGGGAAGUAUAUCAUUAAUGAUCUGAGCCCACAGGAAAGAAUGCACAUAUCUCGUUUCACCGGUCUCUCCAUGACCACCAUCAGCCACUGGUUGGCCAAUGUCAAGUACCAGCUACGAAGAACAGGCAGAACUAAGUUCCUCAAGAACCUAGACUCUGGUCAGCCUAGUUUCUUCUGUAGUGAUUGUGCCUCACAGAUCCGAACCCCAUCAGCUUACGUGUGCCACCUGGAAGCUCACCUGGGUUUCAGAAUAAGAGACUUGGCCAAGAUGACCCCCAAACAGACUGGCAGAGACACAAACACUCUCACUGAGAAACUAGUGCCCCUGGAGUCUUUCCUUUCUCCACAAUCCCCAGAUGACUGCAGCAGUAAUGGGACAGUGUACCGCUGCCAGCUCUGCGUCCGUAAGUUUGCCACUAAGCACGCCAUCAAGCUUCACCUCAGCAAGAGCCAUGGGAAGUCUCCAGAGGACCAUCUGCUAUACGUGUGUGAAUUAGAGAAAAAAUAAAAUACUCAGCAGUAGGCAUACUGGAAAACAUGUAGAAUGACUGUUGCUCACAACAGAAUCUUUAACGUGUGGUAAUAUACCACGAACUACUGUUACAAAAUGUCAGCACAAGGUGUUUACAUCUGUUAGGCCUAAAAACAUUUCUGAUUUUUCUGUAUUUCAAAAGACGAUAUUUCACACAGAAAUAUACUGUAACUCAAAAAAAAUUCAGCUUCCUCUGUCUGUGUUCAUUUUCAAAAUGUUAGACAACAACAGUGUAUUUUUUGGCUAGAAGGUCAGCAUUAACUUGAAAUUUAUUGAAUUUAUUGUAUUUAUUUUAAAUUUUGAAAGUUUGGAUUUAUUUUGCUGGUAGACUGCAUGUUUUACUGUUGCAUCUGUACAGUCCUGUCUUGUCAAGAUUAGAAAACGCCCUUUCGAACAAGUCAUCUUUCAACACUUAAAAGCAGCCAAAUUCCUGAGAGAGCCCUUAAAAGAAUCUGCCAAACAGCAGAAGUUCAUUAUGAUGGUUUUUUUUAUUAUUGUUUAUCAUAUUUCUUGCUGAUUGUAAAAUCUGCCUUAUUCAUUAUCAUUGAAUAGGGGGCACUUAAAAUCCAGGUCUGUGUAAAAAUGUACAUAUAUUGUGUAAGCUUACAAUUUGCUGUUUAAAUUAUGCAUAAUGUUAUAUUUCCUAAUUUAAGAGGACUAUGACUAUCCACUGGUGCAGAGCCUUUGAAGAAGAUUAAAAAGGACACUGUUUUGCACAAUAGUUUUAUAAAUGUUAUUUGAUAUAAAAAAAAACACACAAUACAGAUAUGUUGAUGCCUUGUGCUUCUAUCAUUAAAUUGAAUUAACUGCAGCAAAAAAUAUAUUGUCGUCUUUCA